CCCUCCCCCUCCCAAGACCAACCAAUCCGACAACGUUGCUUCCGCCCAGGACGCGCAGCCGCGAGCUGAGCGCAUCGAUCGCCGCUGCUCUUCCCACAGAGAAACAAAAAUGGCGUCGGCGUCGUUAGCUUCGGCAAGCUUGGCCGGAGGCCGAGCGCCCCGGCGCACGGCAGGGAACCGGCUCUCGGGGCUGCUCGAGGCGGAAGAGGAAGACGAGUUUUACCAGACGACAUACGGGGGUUUUACGGAGGAAUCGGGUGAUGACGAGUAUAAAGGUGACCAGUCGGACAGUGAUGACGAAGUGGAUUCGGACUUUGAUAUUGACGAAGGAGAUGAGCCUAGCAGUGAUCAGGAUGAUGAUGAGCCCAAGAGGAAAAGAAGGGUUGUCACUAAGGCCUACAAAGAGCCCAUCAAAAGCCUGAGGCCCAGGAAAGCAGAUGCUCCCACCAGCAGUUCCCAGAAAGUCCGAGAAGAAAGAUCAGCCCCCGUCGAGCCCCUGGAUGGCGCAGUAGACAGUCGAAAGCACAUGCGCCAGUCGACAACUGAGCACACCCGCCAGACCUUUCUGCGCCUUCAGGAGCGGCAGGUUCAGUCGAAACGCAAGAAGGGGGCGGGUCCAAGCUACGACAGGCCACUGACCCAAGAAGAACUGUUGAAAGAGGCCAAGAUAACAGAGGAGCUUAACUUGCGCUCCCUGGAGACCUACGAGCGCUUAGAAGCAGACAAGAAGAGGCAGGUGCAAAAGAAGCGCAAGUGUGUGGGUCCCACCCUCCGCUACUACUCAGGAACCAUGCCUCUCCUCUCUGAUCUGGGCUACAAGGAGGAGAAUGUGGAUGUGGAGGGUUUGGACCAGGAAAUGCAGCCGCCCGCUGCCCCGGAGGCUCUGGCCACCUCUUCUACCCCUGCUGCAAAAUGCUCUCGUACAUUUGUCACCUUCAGUGAUGACGAGACCUUUGAGCGCUUCUUCCCCAAAUCUCGGGCCCCCAAGCUCCCUGUGAAGGAGAUCUGCCCCGUCACCCACAAAGCAGCCAUCUACCGAGACCCUAUCACCGAUAUCCCCUACUCUAAUAUCCGGGCCUUCAAGAUCAUCCGAGAGGCUUACAAGAAGUACAUCACAGCCCACGGCCUGCCCAACGCUGCCGCCUCAGCUGCUCUCGCGGCUGGCUCGCUCGUGGCCGAUUCCAAUGUCCGAGCAACCAGGCAGAAGAUCAUCAUCAAGCAAAGCGUCCCCACCGCAUGAACCACAGACUGACUCCCUCCUGCUGCUCUUGAUGUCUUCUCCAUUUCUACACAAUAGCUCCUUUUCUCUGAGUAUUACAAGUAUCAAAAAAUAAAUAAAUGCCGUUUCAAACAAGCUAUUGAGGGGCAGAAAGUGACUUGAUAUGAAAUCAGUCAAGUGUUUCUGGAUUCAUCUUUGGGACCAACCUUGACUCAUUGGUACCAUCGGCAGCUCAUCCUUGGCAUGGGGGGGCAUAAUUUCUGCUGCUGAAAUUCAAGGAUGGCCAUCUGGAUUUAUUUUCAGACCUCAGCUCCCAUAGGCCCUAGCCAGCAGAGGCAAUGGUGAGGAAUGUCUGGGGUUGCCAUCCUUCAGUGGCUGGAAGAGCACACCUUGCCUAACCUUCCAAGUGCGUAUGAACUGAAUCCAUCCUUUGGAUCUGCGAAACUUUGGAUCAUUUGCAUUUGCCUUUCCAGACACCUUUUUAAAUUAAUUAAAUUUAGAUACAUGUUCUGCCAGGCAUUUUGACUUCAUGGUGGAAAAGGUUGAUAACAUUGUUUUUGGGAUCCCACUCUUU